AUGCCUGAAGCAGACAUCGCACUCAUUGGUUUGGCUGUCAUGGGCCAGAACCUUAUCAUGAACAUGAAUGACCAUGGCUUCGUCGUGUGUGCCUACAACCGCACUGUGUCCAAGGUGCAUGACUUCCUGCAGAACGAGGCAAAGGGCUCCAAGGUGAUUGGCGCCGAGUCACUUGAGGACAUGGUGUCCAAGCUGAAGAAGCCCAGGAGGAUCGUUUUGCUGGUCAAGGCCGGACAGGCGGUGGAUGACUUUAUUGACAAACUGGUUCCCCUCCUCGAGAAAGGAGAUAUAAUCAUCGAUGGGGGCAACUCCGAAUACAGAGACACGACUAGACGCUGUAAGAGUCUGAAAGAGAAGAACUUGCUCUUUGUGGGCAGUGGAGUCAGCGGUGGUGAAGAGGGGGCACGCUAUGGACCCUCUCUCAUGCCGGGAGGACAUCCGGAGGCCUGGCCUCACAUUAAAGACAUCUUCCAGAGCAUCGCUGCCAAGGUGGGAACAGGAGAGCCGUGCUGCGAUUGGGUAGGCGAUGAGGGCGCCGGUCAUUUUGUCAAAAUGGUUCACAAUGGCAUCGAGUACGGUGACAUGCAGCUGAUUUGCGAGGCCUAUCACCUGAUGAAGGACGUACUCGGGAUGGACCACGAUGAGAUGGCCAAGGCUUUUGACGACUGGAACAAAACUGAGUUGGACUCGUUUCUUAUCGAGAUCACCGCCAACAUCCUUAAGUAUCGAGACGCCGACGGUACGCAUCUGUUGCCCAAGAUUCGCGACAGUGCGGGACAAAAAGGCACGGGGAAGUGGACUGCUAUUUCAGCCCUUGAGUAUGGCACUCCUGUAACCUUGAUCGGAGAGGCAGUCUUUGCCCGAUGUCUGUCCUCCCUGAAAGACGAAAGGGUGGAGGCUAGCUGCAGCCUGGCGGGGCCAGCGGGAGUCAAGUUCAAUGGCAAUAAGGAGGCCUUCCUGGAAGACAUCAGGAAGGCCCUGUACGCCUCCAAAAUCAUCUCGUACGCGCAGGGCUUCAUGCUGCUUCGCCAGGCUGCCAAAGAGUUUGGCUGGUCCCUCAACUACGGCGCCAUUGCGCUAAUGUGGAGAGGAGGCUGCAUCAUUCGCAGUGUGUUCCUGGGCAAAAUUAAAGAGGCGUUUGACAGGGAUGCAGAGCUGCAGAACUUGUUGUUGGACUCUUUCUUCACCGAUGCUGUACACAAAUGUCAGGAGUCAUGGCGUCGAGCAGUCAGCACGGGCGUCCAGCAUGGCAUCCCCAUGCCUUGUUUCACCACUGCCCUGUCCUUCUAUGAUGGCUACAGGCACCAGAUGCUGCCUGCCAACUUACUUCAGGCACAGAGAGAUUACUUUGGGGCUCACACCUAUGAGCUGCUGACCCAGCCGGGCAACUUCAUCCACACUAACUGGACGGGCCACGGUGGAAACGUCUCAUCUUCCUCCUACAACGCGUAG